AUAUACCUUAUCUGUGUGGAGCGCGACUCGUCUACCAACCACAAAAUAUGUCAAGAUAAGACAAACAUCAUCACGGUUAUAUAUCAAGAGAAUUGCACACAGAAUGGAGUAUUUACAACGAGAGCUCAGAAUUUUGAGUAUGAUACUCUUCGGAUCAGCUCAAUUGAAUGGUAAUCGUGCUUUCCAGCAGGAGAAAUUACCAGUUUUGGCAGUCAUGAAGCAGGAAGAAGGGGAUGCAGAUGAGCCAGUUUUGACUAAGAAGUCCAGAACCAGAGGUAUCAUUAAUGCUCUCUUUGUUUACUUGGCAAUUAUAACUGCUGUUCUUCUUCUAAGAUACGGGCGAGUCCCUGAAUCAGUAACGAAAAGGGAUUUGCGUGUUCCGAAAUCUUUUGGUACCAAGUACUCUCAACGUUUAGGAUCACAUUUUCAUUUUGCUGACACAGGUAUUAGAUUGGGAGCUGAAGUACAGGGGGCACUCAGCUUUAAGCUGCCCCAAGUCACUAGCCAAGGACAUCCAGCGAGCGAAAUCUUCACUGUCUCUGAUCCAGAAGUUGUUCGACCCUCUUACGGUUUUUCCCUUUAUUCCACCCAAUUGAUGAACCACACUUUUGGAAAUUCAUACGGUCAUCCCUUUGUCACCAAGUUUUCUCCUCCUGCAAACUUGAAAUUCAACAAAGUGGUAGUGACUCUUGAGACUUCUGUGAGUUUUGUCCAAUACGACCGUUUGGCUCAUUUAUAUGUUGCUGGUAACGAAGUUUGGAGAACUUCAACGAUUGAGCCUGGAGGUAGACCAAAUCCUUCUUUCUCGAUAUUUCAAAAGGAUAUUUCGGACUUUGCAAACUUGUUUAAUCAGGAAAGUGAGAUUAUCUUCCAAUUAGAUAAUGUGAUAGAUAAGAAUAUUCAAGGGGCUUUUCAAACAAUAUUGAAUAUUGAUUUUUAUUAUGACCCCCAUCAAGUCACUGAAUUUACUGGUGAUUACAAGAUAUUUUCAACAAAUAAACCAGCAGAUCUGAUUUAUCCCUUGAUAGAACUGAGCCCACCCGUCACUACAAUUGAAGACGUAUUGACCAUCCAAUUGCCAAAAGUCUUUGACAACUCUACCAGAUUGAUUCUUCGGAUCUUUUCCUCUGGGAACGGGGAUGAAGAAUUUUGGUAUACAGGGGUUCUUGAUGAGAAUACACAAAUGUUUGGCCAGUCAUGGGGUGGCCAUGGACCUGUGAGAAUUCUCAAUGUAUUCUUUAACGGUCAGAAGAUUUCAACUUUUGCUCCGGAACCAAUUCUAUUUACAGGAGGAGUUUCCCCAGCUUUGUGGAGACCAGUUGUAUGUACUGAUGCAUUUGACCUUCCUGCUUACGACGUGGAUAUAACGGGGCUUUUACCUUACUUGUGGGAAUCUUCCUCGCAAACUAGUAGGGAAUUACAGAUUCAGAUUAGCAAUGGUAUAGGUGAGAUAGGCAGAGCACAAUCAACAUCAGUUGGUAAUGGUUGGAUUACUACUGCAAGCUUAUUAGCCUACGAAAACAAUGAGGUUACCUAUGUGAAUGGAACUAUAGAUACAUCAGAUCAUAAUCAACACGGAACAGUCUUUGCUACAAGUCCCAGUUCCCGGUAUGUUCAAAUCAUCAGCACUUCUUUCUAUGCCCUAGUUCAAAGUACUUUGUCAUUUUCCUUGAAGAAUGGCAAAACCGUCAAGAUAUUUACCAAUCUUUUCAGCAAGUCUGGGACAUACAACAUACAAGGCAUUUACAAUGAUGGUAAUCUACAAAAUAUGACACAUUACGGAAGAACAUUUACCUCUUUCUCGAUAUCAGAUGAAGUAAAAAACCAAGUCUAUGAGCUUAAUUCUACUUUUCUGUAUCCACUAGUGUUGGAUACUUCUGCUUCUCCGAACCCUGAUAACUCUACCAAUUAUAUUGUGGAACUUAAUCAUGUCAAGGAAAAGACCUUGGAGGUAAAUUCUGAGAAAGUCUAUGAACUAAUCACAGGUCAAUCGGGGCAUUCCAACCUGGUCUUCUCUACAAGUCGGAAUUAUGGAUAUGCUUCGGGAAACACCAACUACACGCUAAACGUUAAUGAAGACUUUGAUAGCUUCAAGUUCGACAGGCUGGUCGUCACUGUCAAUAACACAGUUGUAUCCGAUGACAGCUCAAGAGGGGCAUUUUCACCCUUCAGUAUUAGGAAUGGCCAAUCCCUUUUGAAUCGUGAUAACUUUUUGGGUCAAAUUUUCAGUACUGUCAAUGAGACAUUGUCUUCAACCGAUAAUUUAGCACAAAUAGCCAAGAGUUAUUUCCAGGAGUUCACGGCAUGGAAUUGGUGAUGUAGGUGCUAGAUGUUUUUUUAUUACUUUUAAUUCAAUAAAGGCUUGUUCUUCUAGUGAACACAACACUCCAACUCCAACUCCAAUCUUGGGGUUUGCUACACCACAAGGUCCAUGGGCACAAUUCAAUCUACAGCUUUACAGGUGCUAAGUGUCAACUCUAAUCGGGUGCCUAUCAAACAAUAUAUAAGCCUAAAUCCACGGAAUAAAGUCAGUAAUGGUCUCUAGGCUAUUGUUACCACACUACUGUAGAAUCCACAUUUCGUCUACUGUCGGAUCACCCCAGUGGGGUUCUUCUCGCACACAAGAAGGAGCCACACUCUGGAAGUGCCAUUUUCUGGCG